AUGGAUCAUUCGACGGAUGAAGCUCCCCCGGAGGUGCAUCACUAUGAGUGUAUAAGCGAAGUGCCGUGGGAUAUCCAAAAUUACUGGGCCCAACGCUAUAAGAUCUUCUCAAAGUAUGACGAAGGGAUCUGGUUAACCGACGAUGCGUGGUUCGGUGUGACACCCGAGCCUGUGGCCAAUAAGAUCGCAGAGGACAUUGCCAAGUCGGUACCCGCAGGACGGAGUAUCCUUGUCGACGCCUUUGCUGGUGCCGGUGGAAAUACUAUUGCAUUCGCGCGGACAGGAAAGUGGAAACGGGUCUAUGCCAUCGAGAAGAAUCCGGCUGUCCUGCAGUGCGCCAAACACAAUGCUAAAGUGUACGGCGUGGCGGACAAGAUCACAUGGUUUCAGGGUGAUUGCUUCGAGAUUCUGAAGAAUCAGCUCAAGGAACUGGCUCCCUACAGCAUCGUGUUCGCGAGUCCCCCGUGGGGUGGACCCGGGUAUCGCUCCGACAAAGUAUUUAACAUGAGCACCAUGGAGCCAUACUCUUUGCAAACACUGUACAACGAAUACUCCCUGUUCACGGAGCACAUGGUUCUCUACCUUCCCCGAACGUCGGACGUGAGGCAGCUGGCGAAGCUGGUCAAGGAUGGCCACAAAGCACCCGUGGUACAUUAUUGCAUGGAAGGCGCAAGUAAAGCACUCUGUAUAUAUUAUGGUGGAUUUAAUAUCCAAUGA